AUGGCGUCUGCGUGUGCAGCGGUCAGACGGGUCCUCCUGCAGCGGGGGACGAGCGGAGCGAGCGCAGCUGAGAGGAGGCAGUGGCUUGGGUCUGGGUCUGGGUUCGCCGCGUCACUGCAGCUCCAGGCCUCUCUCCGGGAGCAGGCUGAGCUCCAGGCCGGGCAGAGGCUCUCUCAGGGCGGAUACACUUUCGCGUCGCUACUGCGGAGCUCUGCGCUGGUGCAGAUGGGACCAGCGAAGGACAAGGUGCUCUUGGCCCGUGUGCUGAAGGUCUCUGGGCAGGAACUCUUCGUGGACUUUGGAGGAAAGUUCUCUGCUGUGGUUCGCUCUCAGGACGUGGUUCCUCCCGGAGCCAGAGUCCGGGUCCGAGUCCAGGAUCUGGAGCUGACGGCGCGCUUCGUGGGACACAACACCGACACCACGCUCCUGGAGGCCGAGGCCACACUGCUGGGACCAGAGGGGCCGAGACCAGGACUUAAGCAGGCCUAA